ACACUGACCUAUACUAUAUACUACUAUACAGUACAACAUGCUGGGAGUUGUAAUUCUGCAACAGCUGGAGGCACCCUGGUUGGCAAACACUGACCUAUACUAUAUACUACUAUACAGUACAACAUGCUGGGAGUUGUAAUUCUGCAACAGCUGGAGGCACCCUGGUUGGCAAACACAGGUCUACGGUGACAGCGCCUGUCCGAGCAGUCCUGUCACACGCGGAAUGUGCACCCGAAAUGUCUCCGUGCAGAUAUUCUGCCAUGAAUAAACUGUCCCAACGACGUGCGCCACUCCGUGAACAUGUCCAAUCUUCGUCCAGAAUCCAAUUCGCGGUCCGAGGUUUCCGCUACGAAACUUCCGUCGCGUGAACAGUGCAGCAGAAUCCCGUCCCGCACUGCAAAGGGAAUUUUCUUGGUGUGAACAAGCCCACAGGCAAAGUGUUUGAACCAAAUAGACGGACGGCGUCGAGGACUUUUUGGGACAUUGUUUUGCAUAUAAAAAGGGUUCGGUGACAAAGAAAAGACACAAAGCAGGAACUGCAGAGGAAGCAACAGCCGGUGACCUUUCCCCCACAUGUGAUGAGCGGCUGGGCCGUCCCCGCUGCUCCCCCCACCCCUGGGUGCUGGAGGUGUGUGCGUAGAGGAGGCCGCAGAUUGGUCGGAGGGUGGGAUGGAGGCCGGAUGAUGGGAGUUAGGAUCCCAGAGGUGAUGAGUUUGCAGGCAUUAGCUCUAUGGCUGCUCCGCACACUGGAUACCGGUCUGUGUCACUGUCCUUGGCUGACACCAGAGAGCAGAAGCGAUGGCCGUCUGAUGGAUAACUUCAUGUCUCCUUUGUGACCGCUGGUUUUUGUUUUUUAUUUUAAAGUAUAACCAUGGCGACCCCUCCGCCCGGCGCGGUCACCUCUACCUCUCCGUCGGUGGACUUCGUGCUGGGGGCGUCCGCGUGCUGCAUGGCGUGCGUAUUUACCAACCCUCUGGAAGUGGUGAAGACGCGGCUGCAGCUGCAGGGUGAACUGCGCGCCCGGGGAUCCUAUACCAGACACUACCGGGGGGUCGUGCAGGCCAUGGUGGCGGUUGGUCAAGCGGACGGACUGCGGGGGCUGCAGAAAGGACUGGCGGCGGGACUGCUGUACCAGGGGAUGAUGAACGGCGUGCGCUUCUACCUGUACUCGCACGCUGAGGACAUGGGGCUGACCGAGCAGCCGGGGGGCAACGUGGCCGCAGGGGCAAUCGCAGGAGCAUUGGGGGCAUUUGUGGGGAGUCCGGCAUAUCUGGUGAAGACGCAUCUCCAGGCGCAGACAGUGGCCGCCAUUGCUGUAGGACAUCAGCACAAUCACCAGGGCGUCUCUUCUGCCUUUGAGACCAUCUACAAGAAGCAAGGAGUCUUAGGACUUUGGCGCGGUGUCAAUGGAGCCGUCCCGCGCGUCAUGGUUGGAUCUGCCGUGCAGUUAGCCACUUUUGCUAAUGCCAAAGAAUGGGUCAAAAAACAGAAGUGGUUCUCAGAUGACAGUUGGCUGGUGCCAUUGGCCGGAGGGAUGAUCAGCAGCGUUGGCGUUGCCGUAGCAAUGACACCAUUUGACGUGAUCAGCACCCGACUGUAUAACCAGCCUGUGGAUAGCGAGGGCCGGGGCCGCCUCUACCGGGGUUUCCUGGACUGUUUCCUGAAGGUUACACACAAGGAGGGCAUCCUGGCACUCUACAAGGGCAUCGUCCCAGCCUACGUCCGCCUGGGGCCACACACCAUUCUCAGCCUGCUCUUCUGGGAGGAGCUGAGGAAGAUGACGUAUUAUUACCAGCACCACUAAGGGCCAAGCCAACAUGGACCUAAAUUCUGGGGCCCCAGCACACGGGGCCCGUAUAAUCUCAGGGCACAGAAGGAGACUAUGGGAAGAGGCAGUAUCUAAACAAAAUGAAGGUGACAAUAAUGAGCAGAAGUUCUCAUUCAUUGUGCCAAGAGUAGGAUGAGUGAUGGCGUUACGUGCGGGAUGAUGCUGCAUGUCGCUGGGAUGCGGUCACCAUCUGAUUUUAGUUAUUUUUCUAAAUAUUUGGGGUGCUGGCACCCCCCCCCCCCC